AUGAAGGCCAUUCCGUUCCCUUUAUGCCUGAAUGUCGGCACUGAUAUAGUGCACAUUCCUCGAAUCUUUCGCUUGGUCACUCGUCCAUCCGCUGGCACCCACAACUAUUUCAACCGGUUUAUACGGCGCAUUUUGUCUGAGCAGGAACAAGCCUACUUUCUGUCUAAAUUUCCACAAUAUCAACCACAGCUUUCCCAGACGAUACCUCAGUCAUCACAGUUGCUCAACGCGUCGAAUGCCAACGAUGUAGCGAGAUGGUUAGCCGGUCGCUUUGCUGCUAAGGAAGCGGCAAGGAAGGCAGCACCCGGCGGCGCUGCAAGCAUUAGUUGGAAAGAAGUUAUCGUCAGACACGAGCCCAAGGGGGACGGAAGACCUGAGGUGGUGUAUUUAAGGAACGGGGAAGAAGUCGGCCGAAUUGGCAAAUUAUCCAUUUCCCACGAUGGGGAGUAUGUUGUUGCAACGGUCAUCGCGGCGUCUCCAAGUGAAUGA